AUUCUCUAUGAGGAAAUGGGGAAUCCUAAUGAAGUGGACACCGGGCAGAAGCUCCAUCUAGCACAGGAGCAACUUGCCUUGGCCGGGGACAAGAUCAUCUCCCUAGAAAGGAGCUUAAACCUCUACAGGGAUAAAUACCAGGCUUCCCUGAGCAACAUUGAGCUACUGGAGUGCCAAGUGAAGAUGCUGGAGGGAGAACUCAGCGGGAUCGUCAGCCAGGAGCCGGAGAACAAGGGUGAUCACUCACAGAUGCGUAUAUGCGCUUCUCCCGGCACGAUUCAAGAGCAUCAGGAGACCCUGAAACGGCUGUCAGAAGUCUGGCAGAAAGUCGCAGAAAAGGAUGAUUUAAUCCAGGAGCUUCGAAAUAAACUGGCCUGCAGUAAUGUUAUGGUUUUAGAGCGUGAAGAAUCUUUGAUAAAAUUACGAGCAGACUUUACUUCCUAUAAAGCCACCCACAGAUAUCCUCCUGGUUCCUCAGAAGAGUGUGAAGACAUCAAAAAGAUACUGAAGCACCUGCAGGACCAGAAAGACAGCCAGUGUCUGCACGUGGCGGAGUACCAGAACCUGGUGAAGGACUUGCAGAUGGAGCUAGAAACGUUGUCAGAGCAGAAAAAAAACAUCCUGAAAGACGUGAUGAAGCUGGAGCUGGACCUGCAUGGGCUGCGGGAGGAGAAUUCCGCCCAGAUUGAGAGGAAGGAGAAGGAGGCCUCCAAACUGCAGUGGCAGUUGCAGGAGCUGGAGCUGCAGGUCACAGAGAACAAAAAGCUUGUUUUGGAGAAAGAGAAGGUCCUCCAAGAGAAAGAUGAAAUGCUGCACAAGCUAAAGAAGGAGCUGGAACAUGUUCAGUGUACCCUCAAAAAAACAGAGACAGAGUUAGAGAAGCAGAAACUAAGAUUAAUAGAACUUGAAAUGCCCAUGAAGGAGGUUAAUAAGGAUAAGUACAAAACAGAGAAUGUGGCCCUGCAUGCUGAGCUCCAGCAGCUGAAGGACAGACUUGAAGAGGCCAAACAACAGCAGAAACAGGCUGCUCAGCAAGCAGCCCAGUAUAAAGAACAGGCCAUUCUGGCCGACAGUAACCUAGAGGAUUCCAAGAGGAAACUACAAAGCUGCAUUUCCCUAGAAAAGAAGAAGUCCGAUACUAUCCAGGAGUUACAGAAAGACCUUCAGAAGUGUCAGAGGGAGUCCUCAAUGGCUGAAAAUGAACUAUCAUCCAACAGGAAACACAUAGAGGAGCUGACAUCAGAACUCUCUGAGGCCAAGAGGAAGUUUGAGAGUGCAGACAAAGAAAGGAAGCAACUUCAGAAGACAGUGGCCAAGCAAGAAACACAGCUGAAUGACACCUUAGAUCAUCUGAAGCUCAUUCAGCACCAGAACAGGGAGCAAGCCUCCACCAAAGACAAUCUAGAAGAUGAACUUCAGGAAGUAAAGAGGUUACUGGAGGAGAAACGGGAGCAGUUGAAAAAGAGCAAAGAACAGGAGAAGUUGCUGGAGAAAGAACUUGAGGCAUUCCGACAGAAAGAAAGAAGGAAAGAAAAGAUGUCAAAGGAGAACUUGAGAAAGUUGGAGGAGGAAAAUGAGAAUCUCCAAGCAGAGUUGUUGCAUUGUUCUACACAACUGGAUUCCUCUCUCAGCAAGCACAACAACACCCAGCAAGUCAUCCAAGAGCUCAACAAAGAGAUAUCCCAGCAAAAGGAAGCUAUAAUGAAUCUGCAGACCCAGCUGGACAAAGCAGUGCAGAAAGAGAAGCAUUGUCUUCAUAAAAUGGUCAGUAAAGAAGCCUAUGACGAGUUAUCUUUUAAAUCAACCAUCUGCCAAGAGGACCUGAAGCAAGCCCUGGAGAAGCUCAAUCGGGUAGCCACGGAGACAAAGGACCUGCGUCGAAGCUUGAUACAGGCUCAAGACUCGAAAGCUCGGCUGCAGGAGGAAGUCGCCACGUACGAGGAGAGGAUGAAAAAGCUGAAUACGGAAUUAAAAAAACUCCAGGGCUUCCACCAGCAGAGUGAGGCGGAGGUGCACACCUUCGACAAGAAGCUAGAGGAGAUGAGCAGGCAGGUGCUGCAGUGGCAGAAGCAGCACCAGAGUGACCUCAAAAUCCUGGCAGCCAAAGAGGAGCAGCUCAUGAUGUUCCAGGUGGAAAUGGCCGCUCUGAAGGAGAAGCUCCUUGCAGAAGAGAAGGAGCCCUGCUGCUUGCCUCAUGUGGAUGUCCUUCGAUCCACCAGAAGAUCUGUGCCCAAAGACACCUGUAGGUUCUACCAGGAGAAUGAUCAGAUUAUGUCCAACAUGGAGCACUGGGCAAAAGAGCAGAAGAUCACCAAUGAGAAACUAGAAAACAAACUCCGUGAACAAGUCAAAUGUAUCGCCAAACUGACCAGUGAAAAGGACCACCUCCAAAAUGUAAUGGUCCAUCUGCAGCAGGAAAACAAGAAGCUGAAGUGUGAGAUAGAGGAGAGGAAGCUGAAAGCCGGGCACCCCAAGUUAUGCAGCAAAACCCCAGGCCUGUGCAAACUGGAGAUCCUACCUGGGGAGAGGAAGGUGUGCGGUGUGUCGGGCUGGAAGGGGUUACCCCAGGACUUGGGCCACAGAACCGAGGUCAGCAAGUUCUUGGGGACACCCCACUUCUCAGGUUCCUCAUGUUGCUAGAAUCAGCG